UGUUAACAGUAUAAAGUCAGUAACAUGUCUGAAGUGCGAAAAUUUACCAAAAGGUUGAGUAAACCCGGGACAGCGGCGGGGCUUCGGCAAAGUGUGUCGGAGGCUGUCAGGACGUCUAUUGCUGUGGAACAAACAAAGAUAAUCGAGCCACUAGACUAUGAGAAUGUGGUGUUCCAGAGGAAAGCCCAGAUCCACAGUGAUCCUCAGAGAGACUUGCUGCUCUGGCCCGCCGAUGAUGUCUCAGAGUCCCGGAUCAAUCGCCAGAGAAGAACGACUGUCUCCUCUGUACCCCAAAAUGCUGAGCAAGAAGCAAAAAGCCUAUUUGCCAAAGAGUGCAUCAAGAUGUAUAACACAGACUGGCACGUGAUCAACUACAAUUAUGAGGCUUACUCAGGAUGUUUCCGCAUGCUUCCCUGCAAAGGGACUAAUACUGAGAAACUCCCGUCCCAUGUGUUUGAGAUUGAUGAAGGAGAAGAGGACUCUUUAUCUCUGUGCUCUCAGAGGGGAGGUGUGAUGAAACAGGGUUGGCUCCAUAAAGCCAAUAUCAACAGCAGCCUUUCAGUAUCAAUGAAGGUGUUCAAGCGGAGAUAUUUCUACCUGUCUCAGCUUCCAGAUGGUUCCUACAUUCUUAACUUCUACAAGGAUGAGAAGAACUUCAAAGAGACCAAAGGCUCCAUUUACUUGGAUUCCUGCAUAGACGUAGUGCCGUGUCCUAAGAUGCGUCGAAAUGGCUUUGAGCUGAAGAUGCAGGAGCGCUACAGCCACUAUCUGGCAGCAGACACCGAGGCUGAGAUGGAGGAGUGGGUGAGCACACUGAAGCUGGCUCUACAGAGUGCCUUAGAAGACAGGAGGAAUGGAACUGACUCUUCAGACUGUGCUUUAGAUGAAGAAACCAGCAGCCAGGGAAAACCAGAAAGUGUUGCAGAAAGUUUGGGACGAAGUCUCCAUCCUGAGCUUAUGAAGUAUGCCAGAGAAACAGACCAGCUCAACAAAAUCAACAGGAAUGAAUGUCGACAGAAGAUCCUUACUCUAGAUCCAGAGACUCAGAGAUUGGAUUUCUCAAGCAUCGAGCCAGAGGUGAAGCCAUUUGAAGAGCGGUUUGGACGUCGUAUUAUGGUCAGCUGUCAUGACCUGACCUUCAGCCUGCAGGGUUCUGUCUCUGAGAAAAACGAUGGACUUCUGACCAAUGUAGAGCCUUUCUUCAUCAGUUUGGCUUUAUUUGAUGUAAGCAAAGGCUGCAAGAUUUCAGCAGACUUUCAUGUAGACUUAAACCCACCGUGUGUGAGAGAGAUGUUGACAGAGGCAACUCACACACCCACCGAGACAGAGGGAAAAGAAGCAGUGAGUGACGUCAAAGUCAGCGGCUCAGCUUUUAUCCAGAGGGUGUCAGAGUCUCUUCUACGCUUUCCAACCCAGGGACUCUUCUCUGUGACCAACCCUCACACAGACAUAAUUCUGGUGGCUCGGGUGGAGAAAGUUUUGCUGAACGGCAUUACGCACUGUGCUGAGCCAUACAUUAAGACAUCAGACAUGAGCAAGACAGUUCAGAAAGUUUUGAAAACAGCUAAGCAGACAUGCCAGCGACUUGGGCAAUACAGAAUGCCCUUUGCUUGGGCUGCCAAGCAAGUAUUUAAAGACAAUCAGGGCAGUUUGGACACAGAGGGACACUUUUCACCCCUGUAUCGCCAAGACAGCAGUAAAAUCUCCACUGAAGACCUUAUCAAGCUACUGCUUGACAUCAGGAAACCAGAAAAAAGCAAGCUGCAGAUUAUUCCAGGACAACUAAACGUCACAGUUGAUUGUGUGUCACCCCACCUGCCAAAUUCAGUCACCAGUUCCUACAUCCCAGUGAAACCAUUUGAUGAACAGUGUGAAAAAGUGUCUGUGGAACUGGAAGAGUUUGUUCCUGAGGAAGCAAAGUACAAUCCCCCCUUCACCAUCUAUAAGAAUCACCUCUACAUUUAUCCUCAACAGCUCAAAUACGAAAACCAAAAGACUUUUGCCAAGGCCAGGAACAUUGCUGUGUCUGUUCAGUUUAGAGAUACAGAUGAAGAAGGUGCAGGCCCACUGAAGUGUAUCUACGGCAAGCCAGGGGAGUCACUCCUCACCUCUAGUGCUUUUGCUGCUGUGCUGCAUCAUAACCAAAGCCCGGAAUUUUACGAUGAGAUUAAAAUCGAGUUGCCAGUCCACAUUCAUGAGAAGCACCACAUCCUCUUUACCUUCUACCACAUCAGCUGUGAGCUGAGUAACAAAGCCAGCUCCAAGAAGAGAGAGGGAGUGGAAACACUGGUCGGAUAUGCCUGGGCGCCACUGCUGAAGGAUGGGAGGAUACAAUCUUCAGAUCUGCAGCUUCCUGUUUCUGCCAGUUUACCUCCUGGUUACCUCUGCGACAAGAACCAAGACUCCAAGAAGUCAUUACCAGAUAUGAAGUGGGUGGAGAACGCCAAGCCACUGUUUAAAGUAAAGACCUAUGCAGCAUCAACAAUUUACACUCAGGAUUUGCACCUCAACAAUUUUUUCCAGUACUGUCAAGUAAUGAGGUCAACUUCUGAAGGGAACCCAGCAGAGCUCAUCAAAUACCUGAAAUGCUUGCAUGCUGUGGAGACUCAGGUCAUCAUGAAGUUCCUGCCAACCGUGCUCAUCCAGCUCUUUCAGGUCCUCACUACGGCCAGCAAAGAGCAUCAAGAGAUCGCUGUUAAUGCCACACGUGUGAUCAUUCAUAUUGUGUCCCAGUGUCAUGAAGAAGGUCUGGAGAACUGCCUGCGCUCAUUCCUCAAGUAUGUGUAUCUCACAAACAAUGCAGAGUCCAGAAACUUGCAUGAAGUUUUAGCUACAACUGUGGCGGCCAUUCUCAAGCAGACUGCAGACUUUAACACCUGUAACAAGCUACUGAAGUACUCCUGGUUCUUCUUUGAAGCAAUCGCCAAGUCAAUGGCACAGUACCUGUUUGAGGGCAACAGAAUGAAGAUGCCUCGAGCCCAAAGGUUUCCAGAUUCUUUCCAGCAGGCGGUGCAGUCUCUGCUGCUCUCCAUCAUGCCUCACAUCACCAUACGUUACGUUGAGAUCCCAGAAGAGGCCCGCUGUGUCAACAUCAGUCUAGCCAACUUCAUUAAGCGCUGCGUGACUUUCAUGAACAGAGGAUUUGCUUUUAGUCUCGUGAACGACUACAUGUGUGGCUUUAGCCAGAAAGACCCCAAGGCAUUAACAGAAAUGAAGUUCUACUUCCUCAUGACAGUGUGCAAUCAUGAGCACUACAUACCGCUCAACCUGCCCAUGGCAUUCGGCCGAACCAAGUUACAGAGAGUCCAGGAUUUUAUUUCAUACGCAGCGGAGCGUUUUGGCGUCAUAGACCAGAGUCUGGAGUACAGUCUCACUGAGGAUUACUGCAGGAACCAUUUCUUGGUGGGUCUGCUGCUUCGAGAGAUAGCUGAGGGUCUGCAGGGAAAUCCAGACAUCAAGCAGCUGGCUGUGGUUGUUUUAAAGAACCUGAGCAUUAAACAUGCCAUGGAUGAUCGUUACAAUACUUACAAGAAUCAGCAGGCUCGUAUCUGUAUGCUGUACCUGCCACUCUUCGAGCUGCUCUACCAAAACCUUAAUCAGCUAAGUGCCUACAAGCAACCAUCAAGAUCUGGCUUUGGCAUUAUGUGCAGAGAUGAUGUAUCCAUGACUAGCUUAGACUCUCGCCGAGUCAGCACAGCUAUCGACAAGGAGCCAACUGCCAUGAUUACUCAAAAUGGACACGGCAGGAGAGAAGACCUACGAAACUCUAUGUAUGGAGACCCAGGCACACCUGAUAUUAAUGAGUUAAACCGACGUGGCUCCACAAUAAGCACCAUUGGGCGGCUUGGACAUUACGAGGUCAGAGGUCUGCUGCUAUGUUUCCUGCACAUUGUAAAGACUCUGUCAGAGGAUACCCUGCUGACAUACUGGAACAAAGUGAAUCCACAAGACAUCAUGAACUUCCUCAGUCUUCUGGAGAUUGCACUGGUUCAGUUUCGUUAUAAUGGCAGAAGGAACAUCACUAGGAGCCAGGAAUCCUGGAUGUCCAGGGCAUUCUGUUCAGACAGAAAGUCUCAGACAAUGCCAGUGAUGCGUGGGCGCUACAGCCUUAUGCAGGCCAGCCUGCAGCAGUUUAACACCCUGGAGGCCUCUUACACCCUUAACUCAGGUGGCGGCUCUACAGAAGCAGAGCUUAACCAUCAGGCUCUGCUAGAAGGAAACAUCUCCACUGAAGCUUGCCUCACUGUGCUGGACACACUCUCUCUUUUCAUUCAGAGCUUUAAGAGUCAGCUGCUGGAUAGUGACGGCCAUAACACUCUUAUGAAGAAAGUCUUUGAUAUUUACCUCAACUUUCUGAAAGUUGGCCAAUCAGAGGUGGCAAUCAAACAUGUUUUUGCAUCUUUAAGAGCCUUUAUAGCAAGGUUUCAGGUUACUCUCUUUAAAGGUCGCGUGACUCUGUGUGGCUUGCUGUGUUACGAGGUGCUAAAAUGCUGCAUGUCCAAACUGGGUAGUGUACGUGGAGAAGCUGCAGGCCUGCUUUACCUCCUCAUGAGAAACAACUUCGAGUACACUAAGAGGAAGAGCUUUUUGCGUAUGCACUUGCAGAUCAUUAUUGCUGUAAGCCAGCUAAUUGCAGAUGUGGCACUGACAGGUAGUUCACGCUUUCAGGAGUCACUUUCCAUCAUCAACAACUUUGCCAACAGCGACAAGGCCAUGAAGAGUACUCAAUUUCCUGCAGAAGUGAAAAGCCUUACGAAGCGUAUCCGUACCGUCCUGAUGGCCACAGCUCAGAUGCGGGAGCAUGAGAAGGACCCAGAGAUGCUUCUGGAUCUGCAGUACAGCCUGGCCCGCUCUUAUGCCAGCACACCUGAACUCAGGCGCACUUGGCUGGACAGCAUGGCACGAGCUCACCUCAAAAACGGAGACACCUCAGAGGCAGCCAUGUGUUACGUCCACAUUGCAGCUUUGGUGGCAGAAUACUUGUACAGGAAAAAACUGUUUCCCAGUGGCCUGGCAGCAUUUAAAAAGAUUACCUUCAACAUCGAUGAGGAAGCUGCCAUGAAGGAAGACUUAGGCAUGCAAGAUGUUUACUACAGUGAGGAUGUUCUGGUGGAGCAGCUGGAAGUUUGUGUGGACGGUCUGUGGAAAGCUGAGCGCUUUGAGCUUAUCACACAUAUUGCUAGACUGAUCAUUCCAGUCUAUGAGAAGCGGCAUGAAUUUGAGAAGCUGAGACGGUUGUAUGACACUCUACAGAGAGCAUAUUCAAAGAUCUUAGAAGUAAUGCAGACUGGUCGGCGGCUGCUGGGAACCUACUUCAGGGUGGCUUUCUAUGGACAGGGCUUCUUCGAGGAAGAAGAUGGAAAAGAAUACAUUUACAAAGAACCAAAGCUCACGGGCCUGUCGGAAAUUUCUCAUCGGUUGCUCAGCCUCUACGGCGACAAGUUUGGAGCUGAGAAUGUCAAGAUCAUUCAAGACUCUAACAAGGUAAACCCAAAAGAUCUGGACCCAAAGUUUGCCUACAUUCAGGUCACAUUUGUCAAGCCUUACUUUGAUGAGAAAGAGCUGGUUGAGAGAACGACAGACUUUGAGAAGUGUCACAACAUUAACCGAUUUGUUUUUGAAACACCAUACACACUCAUGGGAAAAAAACACGGUGGGGUUGAAGAACAGUGUAAAAGAAGAACAGUUCUCACAACUGCAAAUACAUUUCCAUAUGUGAAAAAGCGUAUAGAGGUGGUGGGAGAGAAGCACCUGGAGCUGAAACCCAUUGAUGUAGCCAUAGACGAGAUGAGAGAGCGCAGCACCGAGCUCAACAAGCUUUGCUCCAAUCAGGAGGUGGACAUGAUCCAGCUGCAGCUCAAACUCCAGGGCUGCGUCAGUGUGCAGGUCAAUGCCGGUCCCAUGGCUUAUGCCAGAGCCUUUCUGGAUGAAUCCAAAUCCAGCCAGACCAAUAAGAAAGUGAAAGAGCUCAAGGACAUAUUCAGGAAGUUUGUUCAGGCAUGCAGUAUGGCUUUAGAUAUUAAUGAGCGGCUUAUUAAAGAGGACCAGUACGAGUAUCACGAGGGACUGAAGGCCAACUUUAGAAGCAUGGUGAAGGAGCUGUCUGAUAUAAUCCAUGAACAGAUGAUCGAGGACGAUUCGAUGUGUUCCCUUCUGCAGAACUCGCUUCACGUGUUCCGUGUCAUUAGCGGAACGUCCACUGACUUGAGCUAAAACCUGCUGGAGAACUUUUGGUAGACUAUCAAGUCUUCGCCCUCAUGAAUGUAAUACUAUACACCCUGCUUUUUGCUUUUCUGGCUCUACUGGAAUGCCAGCCUCCAACAAAGUGCCAUGUUAUGACUGACUACAGUUCAAAAUGAUUCAAACACUAUUGCAAAUUAGGUUUAUUAGCAAAAUUUACAAAUGUUUAGCUGUUUGCAAUAAACCAAUCAAACAAGAACAAUUAAAAUAGAUCAACACAACUGAUAUAACGAGUUGUUUCUCCGAAUUCAACACAAAAUGCCACUUUUAAUGACCACUUUAGCUUCAGAAUUAUUCAGCCCCUUCAUGAUAAGCGUCUUUAGUACUUAGUAGAGCAACAUUUUGCUGUUACAACCUGCUACAAAUGUGAUGCAUAUCCAUUAGCUUCUGGCAGCGUUCCUGAGUUCCUUAUGAGAAGUGGCUUUCAGUUUAAUAAUAUUCUUGGGUUUGCAUGCUGCCACUGUCGUCUUCAAAUCCCUGCAAUGAUUUUCUAUGUGGGUUUAAGUCAGAUCACUGUGAUGGCCACUCCAGAAUAUUCAUCUGAAACCAAGCCUUGAUGGACUUAGGUAUGCUUGGGAUCAUUGUCCAGUUGAAAGAUCCAAUGAUGUCCAAACUUCAGCUUCCUCACAGAGGGCAUGGCGUUUUGUCCUAGAAUUUCCUGUUACUUCACUGAAUCCAUCUUGUCCUCCACAUAUUGCAGGUUUCCAGUGCCAGAGGAAGCAAAGCAGCCCCAGAGCAUCACCGAGCCACUGCCAUGCUGCAUCGUAGGCAGGGUUUUUUUAUUAGUGUAUGCUUCAUUCUUCCUCCUCCAGACUGCUGAUCUACAGGCCUGAAAAGUUCCAUCGCACCACAAAACAGAAUCCAAAAAACCUUUGUGUGUUUUUGGGUCAUUCGCUGUGUACAUCUUGGAGUUUGGGUAUGCGCCUUACUGUGCAAACUUAAACCUCAGUGCCUGUCAUCACCAAAUCUUGCUGCAGAUCUUUUGCGGUCACGUUAAGGUUUUUGACCACCUGACCACCUCAGGAAUCUGGUAGCAGCCGGUGAAGCUUCCUCUUACUGACACAUCAGGGUAGUGUAACCAGCAUUUGAACUAUGCUAUGUGUGAACUUCAUCUCUACUUUUAGUGCCUUUACUAUUUUUGUAUCUAUUUCCUUGUUUGUGCAAGGCUAUUAUCUCUUCUCUUAACUUUUUGGACCACUCUUUUGACUUAGUCGUAUUUCUAUCAUACAAUCAAAGUCACAGUCAACAAACCAGAUCAGGUUUUUGAUGUGUUUUAUCUCAAGCACACCUGAUGCAACUAAUGAAGCAUUUAAUUGGUUGCACAAUGCUUGAGACAGCACUGAUUUGCAAAUGUGUGCUUUUAUGAGGUGGGUUGAAUAAUUCUGAGACUGCAGUAGUCAUUAUAAGAGACAGUGUGUUGAAUUUGGAGAAUCCACUUUCUAUGUGCAUUGCGGCACGUCCUGAUAUUGCAGAGUGAGACGUGGCCCUGGGUCAACAGGGGAGGUGCUUCAAUCGAAACCGUUCGACCAAGCACAAACUAGCCGCCGCUAUGACAUCACCACAUUUGCCGGGGCUAGCUAAUCCUAGCUAAGUAAUGGGUAUGCAAGCUAAAAGAUCUGGCAACUGUGUUACUUUCAGUAUUUGAAAGAAUGUUGGAAAUCAUUGUUCCAAGCAAAAUGUUAACAUUGUGCAAAGCAUGAAAUAAAUUUCUCAGAUUUACCAUUAGGUUAGCCAGCUAUCUUAACUAUUACCUAGCAUAGCAAAAAGCUAUGAGAGAUUAGCCAAGCCAAGGCUAGCUACAAUAUGUAACAUAUUAUUUUGUGUAAGCAAAAAAAACGGUACUACUACAUGUUAAGCAUGUAUUAUAACAAGGGGAUUCAGUGUGUGCGUGGCAACGGAGCUUUUUCUCUGGUUGAGGUUAAAAAUGAGAUAAAUAGAAAAACGAGAAAGGCCUGGCAAAUGUGGUGAUGUCAUAGCGGCGGCUAGUUUAUGAUUGGUCGAACGGUUUCGAUUGAAGCACCUCCCCUGUUGACCCAGGGCCAUGUCUCACUCUUCAAUAUCAGGUUGUGCAUCAGUUGCGCUAUUUAUGUUUGUUGCAAAAAGAUGAAAGUUUUUGCUAAACCUAAUUUGCAAUGAAGGUUGAAUAAUUUUGAAUGCAACUGUAAAUCGUUUUCAUUUUAAACAGACCAUGUCUGACAGAUUGUAGCAUACCAAUGUUUGAUAAAUGGCCCGUAUAGAUUAUAAUUGCCUUGUCACACUCUGCCUACAAAUAGUAGCAAUAGUAGCAAUCCCCAUCUAAACACAUUGCUAUUAAGAAAACUGGCUUUUGUGAAUUUUUGUACUAUUAUUUUUAAUCACACUGGAUAGAUGAUCUAAAACAGUACGUUUCAUCUGAAGAUCAGGGGGUAUGAACCCAUAGUAAAAUUAAGUAAUAAAACAGCUGCUUUGUAAUAA